UAUGAUAAUGUCAUAUAACAUUUGUAAAUAAAUGGUCCCUAAAUAAAUCAAUCAAACCUCACAAAUGCUAAUGUUUACAGGCAUGUUGAAAGUUGAAACCCUCAAAGCCAGCGAAGUACCUGGGCCACUUUCUUAGAGAUCGAUUAUUUCAAUUCUUUAACGUAUUUUAAGUUUCCAGGUAAAUUCACAAAGUAUAUCUUUUAUCAAAAAGCAGUCGUUGACUUCGACUUCCUGAGAAAGGCCACUAUAAUGGAUGUUCCCUUUCUGAAGGAUCAUCUUCUUCAUCUGUUCGAUAUGUUAUUGUAGAUCUAGUCUCAAAUUGCUCAUACCUUCCCAUCACCCAUAAUGGAUGUUCCCUUUUCUGAAGGAUCAUCUUCUUCAUCCAUUAAUAAUCACAAACAUGACGUAUUUAUAAGUUUUCGAGGUGAAGAUACUCGUAGGAACUUCGUUGAUCAUCUCAAUAAGACCCUCCAGCAUGCCAAUAUCUCUACCUUUUUAGAUGAAGAAAAGAUUGAUACGGGAAAAGUUCUGAAACCAGAAUUGGUGAAUGCGAUUAAAUCAUCUAGGGCUUCUAUUAUUGUCUUGUCCAAGAACUACGCUAGUUCAUCAUGGUGCCUUGAUGAAUUGGUUCUGAUCCUUAAACAACCCAACCAAAUUGUUAUCCCUAUCUUUUAUCAUGUUGAGCCCAUCCAUGUCAGAAAGCAAGAAAGUACCUUUGGAGAUGCAAUUGCUGAGCACACACGACAGAUGAAAGCAGAGAAAGAUGCAGAUGAAAGAACUCAGUCUGCUCAAAGGAUUAAAGGAUGGAUUGAUGCGCUUAAACAAGUUGCUAAUUUAAAAGGGGAGGACGUACGGGGAUGGUAUGAGACGGUGUUCAUUAAAAAGAUUGUUGAUGACCUCAACUACAGAUUACAUGUACCCUCUAGAAGUGCAUUGCCAGAACCUAUUGGGAUGAAAGAUUCCAUUAAUUUUGUUACAUCAUGGCUGAAAAAAGAACCCUCAGAUAGGGGAGACGUACUCACUAUUUUUGGUAUGCGUGGGAUUGGGAAGACAUCUUUAGCCCAAUAUGUCCAUGGGUUACAUUGUUAUGAAUUUGUCACAAGCAGCUUUAUUAAAGACAUCGAUAGGAGAUGCGAUGACAAAUUGUAUGGGUUGCGUGAUAUAGCAGCAGAACUCUAUGGUUGCAUUUCAAAAGGAAGUUCAACUCAAGAUUAUGAUGUUUCCAAAUACACUUCAAAGAUAGAGAAUAUAGUAGCAAACGAAAAGGUGUUCCUUGUUCUUGAUGAUAUUAAUACUCUGGAUCAGUUAAAUGCAUUACUUGGAAGAAAAGGGUUUUAUCAAGGAAGCAAAAUCAUAAUAACGACAAGGAAUACAUGGUUGACAGAGAGUUGUGACUUAUUCAAGACGGAAGUUAAACCCACACAUGAAAAGCACAAGCUUGAAGGCUUAGAUGACACCGCAGCACUAGAACUUUUUUGUUCUCAUGCGUUCAAGUCCAAGGAUCCGAAGAAAGGUUAUGGAGAGAUGUCAGAAAAGUUUGUGAAUUAUUGCAGAGGACAUCGAUUAACUCUUGAAGUUUUGGGCAUGUCUUUGUAUAACAGACAAGAUGUGGCUUAUUGGGAAGAUCGCAUAGAAGGGCUAGGGAAAGACCCUGUAGAGAAUGAAUUGAGGAAGAGCUUUGACUCUUUGCCAUCGGACAAUGAUAAGGAAUUGUUCAAGCAUAUUGCUUGUUUUUUUGUCGGAACAGAUAGAGUUUAUACUGAAACAAUAUUAAAGGCAUGUAAAAUAAGAGCAAACUCUGGGAUCACUGAUCUCAUGGACAAUUGCCUUCUUAGUGUUGGAUGGAAUAACGAAUUAGUGAUGCAUCAGUUGCUUCAAGAAAUGGGAAGACACAUAGUACGUCAAGAAUCACCUGACAAGGCAUGGAAGCGAAGUCGGUUAUGGUGUCAUGAGGAGUCAUUCAAAGUGUUGAAAGAAAAAAAGGGUACGAGAAAGGUUCUGGGCCUCAGCCUUGACAUAAGAAGACUUGAGAUCAAUGAGCCACUUGAAACAGAAGCUUUGAGGAAGAUGGAUGAGUUGAAGCUACUACAACUCAAUUGUGUGCAAAUGAAUGGGUCUUACGAGAACUUUCCAAAACAAUUAAGAUGGUUGUGUAUGCAUGUGUUUCCUUUGGACUAUAUACCUUCAAACUUACCGAUGAAGUAUCUUGUUGCUCUCGACAUGUCAUAUAGCAAUAUCACAUCAUUUGGUGUUUCUUAUUGUGAUUCACAACCUCAGAAGAGGCAAAGGUUGACUGGAUCAUGCUCAAAAGACAAAAAGUUGCUUGGGUCACUUAAGAUUCUUAAUUUAAGUUUCUGUGAUAUGCUUUGUAGUGUGGUUGGCUUCGAAGAUUUCCCUGCACUUGAGAGGUUGAUGCUUAAUAAAUGUGGUAGCUUGCUUAAGAUUUGUGAAUCGAUUGAGAAAUGUGAUAAACUUGUCCACAUUGAUCUGAGCCACUGCGAUAAGCUUAAAAAAUUUCCAGAAACCAUAGCCAUGUCAUCGAAGGUGAAAAUGGUUAGGAAUCAUCCUAUACUAAAGAAGUAUGCAAGAAAGAAAAAAUCAAAUUAUUCAGCUAGUCAAACUCAAAUCAGAGCCUGAAGUUAAACAUUGUAGAUGGCAUUGGAAAAGUCAAAAACAAAUUUGUUAAGUUGUUUAGGGCUCAGUUAGUUGUUCGAGGAGGAAAGUAGUUGUCACUUACGUUGGUGAUCCAUUACAAAUAGAGUAGUAAGAGGUUAGAACUAGGGCAUUCUUGAAAUCAUGUUCUGUACCUGGAGUGCCCAACCUCUCAAUUAGUUGGAAAUCAUUCACUAUUAUGCUA